AUGUUUUUUAAGUUUGUUCAUGCUGAAAGAAAUAUUAAUCAAAAUUCUUCUCCAAUAAAAUCACUCCUUGAAUUGGACACAACUUCGUUUAAAGUUAGUAAUACUAACGAUAUUUCUUUACCAAAUGGUGACAGCGAGAAUAAUAAUAAUACAAAUACUUCAAGUAGUAAUGGAAAAAGUUUAUUUAAUGGACAACUUUCGCCGCCAAUUUUUAAAGAAUUUGCUCAUUGGAAUUUUACGGAGGAAGAUAACAUUACUGAAAACAAUCACUUAUUUACACAGGUAUUUUAA